GAGAGAGAGAGAGAGCACACACUGCUUCUUGACUGUGAAUCAAACGCACACACACUGGGCUGUGUGAGGACAUAGACUCGGCUGUGUACAUUUUUAUGGGAAACACAACACGGCUGCCAUCGUUCUCUGGGACAGACUUCACCUGGAAUGAAUCGUCGUAGCAACGGUUGAAGAAGUCUGACUCGUCUCGUAAAGGUGCCAGUAGGGGUCGCCAUGGAAGCGCCGCUCGUCUGCUUGGAUGAGGAGUUCGAGGACCUGCGCCCGUGCCGUAUGGACUCCCCAGAACACUCCACCUACUCCACCUCCUCCACUGUGGCCCUGGUGCCCAUCGCUCGUGAGGACUUCUCUGAGCUGGACAACUUCUCUGAGAUGAUGAGCUUCAAGUCCAUGGAGGACCUGGUCAACGAGUUUGACGAGAAGCUCAACGUGUGUUUCCAUAACUACAACACCAAGACAGAAGGCCUGGCCCCCAUACGCAACCACAGCCACAGCGAGGAAGACGAGGAGCGGCUCCAGGAUGAAGAUGUGUGGGAUGCCCUGACAGAUAACUACAUCUCCACUUGGGACGGAGCUGAUGAGGAGGGGCUCAACGGGAACCUGUCCGAUCAGGAAAUCCAUGAAAAGGAGGAACAGGAGAUGAACGAGAAGAACGAUAACGCCAGCUGCCUGAAUGAGGAGCCACUGAUUUCAGCCGACCAGGUCAUCGAGGAGAUAGAGGAGAUGAUGGAGAACUCCCCAGACCCAGGAGAGACUGAGGAAGAGGAGGAGGAGGAGUCUUCGCCCGGGGCUCACCCCUCUCUGCUGGACGAGAUCCGCCAGCUGUCCCAGGCCUCCAACAACAACUGCUCCUACGAGGGUCUGAGUCUGAUGCCUAACUCCACCCUGAUGGAGCUGUUGGAGCGCAUCGACGCCACCAUCCGGGACUACUCAGAGGAGCUGGUGCGGCAGCUGGCCCGACGAGAGGAGCUGGAGUUUGAGAAGGAGGUGAAGAACACGUUCAUCACUGUCCUGAUGGAGGUGCAGAACAGGCAGAAGGAGCAGAGGGAAAGCAGCAAGCGGAGACGGAGGGACAAAGCUCUGAGUCUGCAGGGAAGCUCCACCCCCAACACAGGGAGCAACACGAGCUCCAGCGGGCGGGCAGAGAAGACGGGCACCAUGCCAGUCAAGAGGUUCAGUAUGGAGGGACUGUCCAACAUCCUUCAGACCGGCAUCAGACAAACAUUCGGAAGCACAGGGAACGACAAACAGUACAUUAACACAGUAAUUCCAUAUGAGAAAAAAGGCACUCCACCAUCUGUCGACGACCUUCAGAUGCUCACAAAUAUUCUUUAUGCCAUUAAAGAAGACAGUGACAAGGUGCCUACUCUGCUAACGGACUACAUAUUAAAAGUGUUGUGUCCAACCUAAAGCACUUCCUGGUCAUAGUCAUAGUGCCCCCUGCUGGUCUCUGGCACCAGCUGCAUGAGCAUACCUCCCUUUCCCAUUUCCAACCAACCAUGGACCCUCACCUUCAUCUUCUACAUUAUCAUCGCCACCUCCUCGACUACUGCCUUUUCGCUGAGCUCACUCCGUCCUCCAGCACACAACCGCUCAGGCCCUCACCAACAUGGCCGCCUCCUGCACACCUCAGCUCAGGCCCUUACCAACAUGGCUGACAACUCAAUACUCAAAUACAAGCGGGGAGAGUGGACCCCCUUGUCCUGGACUCACUAACAGAGCAUGACAUAACAAUUACACACAUACUUAAUACAGGGAUUAACACUGCUCUUGUGUGUUUGAAUCUUUUUGUUUAUAUUAUAAUUUUAUAUGUUGCCAAGGCGAUAAAUCAUAUCACUAGGUCAUGCAUACUUCCAAUGGAGCUCAACGGUGUGUGAAGACUUCUAGUUACAGAAGUUAAAUUAUUAUUAUUAUUCAGUUUUAUCAUGGACUUUUGAAAGAAAGAAGUUUAAAGUACUAGCUGUUACGAAUGUUGCUAAAAACUCCUAGCAUGCUAACAGCGCACCAGUUCUACUUACAGGUUUAUGAUUAAUAAAUAUUAUAAUUGUAUGCAGAUAGCACACAUGGUUUUGGAUUUUUAACAAGGUGAAAUUGAUUCGGAUUUGAAUAAAUGUUUACAGUAGUAAAGAUGACAUCGUUUAUUAGGUUUGGGAGGAUUUGGUGGAGGACAUCAAUAUCAUUAAAACAAGAAAAAGGAUAAAGUUUAAACAAAAACACUUGGGAACCUUCUGUCUGCUGCUUUGUGCCUUUAAACUUUUAAUAUUGGAUUAUUUGGUAAUUUACGAGAAAAAUAAAUGGAAACUAGAAAGUUUAAUUUCACUGUUGAGCCCCAAAACACAAAAUCUCUUCUGUUACAAUAAAUGCAGGUCAUAUAGAAUACUAAAGCCAUGCACUGAAUCUAGUACUGUAGCUUAGUGCAUUUUCAAAUCAUGUUUUAUUUUUUUAAAUUUUAUUUUAUUUUUUGGAAUGUUUUGUAUAAUUUAUUUUGUAACAAUUAUAUAAAUGAUGUUUGUUUUUUUAUGUUAAUGAUGAUAUUGAAAGCUGCAGUUUGCUCCACUAUAAGCUAUGUGACUGAUGUUUCCGUGGAUACUGUUCCCAGGUGAGAUGAGCUCUUUUGAAUUCCACCCUAGAUAUUUGCAUAUCAGCAUAUUUAUGACUUUGUUUGUGCCAUGUAGGUCAAUGUGACAUCGCUAAUCGCAAAUUCUAAUAAACUUCAUACCCUAAAA